AUGGCUUCCGUCUCGGCAAAGAUGCAGUUCAUGGCCCCGAUGGCCGAGGAGCCCUUCUACCGCUCCCAGCCCGACCAAGGCUUUGAUUCUUGCAACUUUUCCUACGCCCCUCAAGACGUGCAAGUCCACGACGCGCGCCCCAACAAAGGCACCUUUGAGCUUGACAAACAUGGCUUUGCCUACGCAGACGACCCCGAGGGCGCCGAAUACGUCGAGCAGCUCCGCAACAAUGAAGAUGGCGCCAAGGAGCGCUACUACGCCCAUCUCGAACGUCUCCUCAAGAAGCAAACGGGAGCAUCACGUGUCGUCAUCUUCGAUCAUACCAUGCGUCGUCGAGAGCCCGAACUCGCAGGCAAGAACCCCGACGGGCGCGAGCAACCUGCCGCCUACGUCCACAUCGACCAGGGUCCCGUUGGAGCCGCUCGGCGCAUUCACCAGCACAUCGGCUACGAAGCAGACAAGCUCCUCAAGGGCCGCGUGCAGAUCAUCAACGUGUGGCGGCCUCUGAACGGCCCAGUGAAGGACUGGCCUCUCGCCACAAUGGACUUCACUUCGCUCAAGCCGUCCAACAUCCAUCCCACCAACUUGUACCGCAACCGCUUUGAGCUGCGCGGUCAGUCGUGCAAUGUUUCGCACCAUCCUGACCAGCGGUGGCAUUACCUCGACUCCCAGCGCAACGAUGAGGUCACUUUCAUCAAGAUUUGGGAUAACAAGUCUGCCGUGACUGGCAAAACCUGUGCGCAUUGUGCUUUUGAACAUCCGGAUACUCCUCCAGAUGCCCCGCUUAGGGAGAGUAUGGAGGUUCGUUGUAUUGUGGCGCACGAGGACGAAGAGCUUGCGUCUACUCUUUGGUGGACUUGA